AUGGUAGGAGUGGGAUUAUUAAUUGUAGAAUUAAAGGUGGGAGGAAUUGCAAAUUGUGCGAAAGGAGAAGAAGAGCGAGAAGUUAUAGUGGAAGGAGCUGAAGAAGGAUUUUCACGAGAGGAAGAAAUUUUAUAA